GAGAACACUGAGUUAGGCGUUCCGGCCGGUAUAUUCAAAUAUACUUCGCGAAUAUUUUCCCAACAGAAAACUUUUUUAUUAACUUUCUAUCUUUCCUUGUGUGCAAGGGGUAUGUUUGUUUGAGUGCUUCGGUGACGUUUGUGUCCGUUUAAUACUAAUAAAAUGGUGUUCACUUUUCUUGGUGAGAAAAUUUACUGUGUGAUGCUAUUACAAGUGGUUUUAGUUUGUGUGAGUUUCUUGGGAGUUUGCGGACAAUUCGAAAAUGAACCAGUGACAUCUUCAUUCGAUGUGGAGGCAGUUCAAGGAGGAGUGGCUAAAUUACCCUGUGACAUAGAGCCUUCCAUACCUGGUGAUAAGAUGCAUAUAGUAAUCUGGUUCAAAGACGGAGAGAAUCGAAAAACCCCCAUCUAUUCGUUCGACUCCAGAGAUAAAUCUUUAGAACAAGGUAAACAUUGGGCAGAUGAAAGUGUUCUUGGUGGCAGAGGUUAUUUCCGUUACCAAGACAAACCAGCCAAAUUGACUCUCGAAACUGUUAAAGACAGCGAUGGAGGUAUUUAUCACUGCAGAGUGGAUUUCAAGCAGACUCCAACAAGAAACAUAAAAGUUAAUCUCACAAUAAUAAUUCCACCGGAGAAAUUGAGCGUCCUGGACGAGACCGGAGUCCACAUCCCGGAUUAUAUUUUGGGACCCUAUAAUGAAGGAUCUUCCAUCAAUAUAACAUGUGUUGCCACAGGAGGCCGGCCUCCACCUAAAGUAACAUGGUGGCAAGAAAAUGCACUCCUAGACGAUUCUUUCGAAUAUCUUUCCGAGAGACGAGUCCGUAAUAUCCUUCACAUCGAUAGAUUGGAACGAAAACAUCUACAUACUGUUUUCACAUGUCAAGCAUCUAACAACAACCUCGUUGCACCGAUCUCAAGCUCCGUCACCUUGGAUAUAAACCUGAGACCACUAUGGGUGAGACUUCUUGGUGAUAACAAACCUUUGUCAGCUGAACAAACAUACGAAUUGAGUUGCGAAGUUGUAGGAUCAAGACCGGAACCUACAAUAACGUGGUGGAAAGGAAGUACUCAAAUGAAAAAUACACGUGAAACGACAAGUCCCGAUCGCAAUACGACCACGAGUGUUCUGACAUUUGUACCGACAGUCGAAGAUGGCGGCAAAUACUUAUCCUGUCGAGGACAGCAGCCUCAUAUUCAUGAUAGUGGAAAAGAAGAUGGUUGGAAAUUAGAUAUUCAUCACGUUCCUCUUGUAUCUCUUGAACUUGGCAGCACGCUCAAUGGAAGUACGAUCAAAGAAGGUGUUGACGUGUAUUUUGAAUGCAAUAUCAAAUCAAAUCCUUGGGUAUAUAAAGUCAGCUGGAGGCAUAACGGCAAACAACUUUACAACAACAUCCAAACUAACACGAUAGUGAGUAAUCAGAGUUUGGUAUUACAAUCUAUUACGCGAGCCCGUACAGGACUUUACACUUGUGUCGGACACAAUCAAGAAGGCGACGGAGAAAGCAAUCCUGUGCAACUUGACGUCAAAUUUAUUCCAAAUUGUCGUCCAGGUCAGCCUAAAGUAUUCGGCGUAGCAAGACACGAAGUUGCUCGGAUAGUUUGCGAAUUGGAAGGAAAUCCCAGUGAUAUAGUGUUUGUUUGGAAAUUCAAUAACUCUGCCGACAUGAUAGAUAUACCGCAAAGUCAAAUCCAAACCGAAAAAGGACGAAGCGUUGCUUUAUAUAAACCGAUGAAUGAACUAGAUUAUGGAACUUUGUUAUGCUGGGGUAAAAAUGAAAUAGGCAUGCAAAAAGAACCUUGCAUGUUUUAUAUAAAUCCUGCUGGUAAACCAGAUGCCCUUUCGAACUGCAGUAUAGUGAAUCAGACUUCUGAUUCUCUAAAUGUCGAAUGUAGUGAGGGAUUUGAUGGUGGUUUGAAGCAAGAAUUCAUCAUGGAAGUAUUUGAUACUGCUACUAGAAAAUUAGUAAGCAACGUUUCUUCAAGAACACCUCUUUUCGCUGUUAGUGGCUUGGAAUCUGGAGCUGGAUUUGAUAUUGGUUUAUACGCUGCCAAUAAAAAAGGAAGGAGUCAAGUUAGUCGUCUGCAAGCAUUCACUCUCAAAGCGGCAGAAAAACAUACCGCAUCAACUCCGGUACUCUUCCAAAUAACUCCACUUCUAGGUGCACUGAUUGGCGUUGUUGCUGCACUAAUUCUAAUAGCCAUUAUCAUUGUGGUAGUUAUACGAUUAAGAGGCGGCGGUGAUCGCGAUGACAAAGAAUACGAUGAUGGUGGAUUAGCAACAACUGGACGUCGAUGUGUAGCUGGUAAUAGUGAUAAGGCCAGUACGGAACCCCUUAAUAAGGAUCUCAACGACAGCGUAGACAGUUUAGAAGAGAAAAAUCCCGAUAUUAUUCCCCAGAACAACGCAGAAGAUGAAUAUCAAGACGAGGAAAGAGCAUUCGAAAGGUUAAAUAAUACUACGAUGAGAGUUUACAAUAGAAUGCAGAGUCCAAACAGUCAGCUCAAAAACAACGGCUCUUAUGAAGGUUACAGUGCCAAAAUGAACGACGAAAUAACAUAUGCUGAAUUAUCUAUCGCAAACCAACAGAUGCCGCAAGUGAUCUACAAUCAACAGUGUAUCCCUAUGUCAGUUAUCAGAAGACAAGAACCAACAGUGUACGCCCAAAUCGAUGUAAAGCGGAUGCCGACACAUACAUUACAAGCCAUGGCCACACCCCGGCCUUCGUCAUUUCAAACUUUACAUCAUCCACAUCUACCGCCCUACAUGCCAAGAUCGGUACGGGACGAUGGAUCAGUUAGCUCCGAAACUCCUUUGUUGAAUUCCAGAGACACUGGAGCUCUUCAAUCGCUGAUGGAUAUCAACAGCUCCAGAACGCCAACGAUAACCUCUACUUUACCUCGAACAGUCACAGCAACUCGUUUUUGACCUAGUUAAAUUAAGUAAUUCAGAAGAACUGGUAUAUUUAUAAAAAAAAAUGUAAUUGUUAUGAUGACUUAAUAGAUGUUACCGUCUCAUUAGUAAGUGUUUAUUUACGAAAAUGUUUUAUUAUAUAAAUUUAUGUUCCAUUUUAUCUAACAGGGCGUUGUUUGAAAGUUUGUAUUUUUAAAUGAAACAAUUUUAAUGUAUUACCUCGUGUCAAUUGAAUUCAAUCAAAAAAUUGAAUAAUAAU